AAAAAAAUGUAUAAAUACUCGAAACAACAGAAAAAAAUAUUGAAUUUGUAUAAAAAAAAAUGAAUGAUUCGAAUAAAACAAAUCGUUCUUCUGAUGAUUAUCUAUCCAUACAAAAGGCUUUAUUUCGUAGAUAUCGUAGCCUGCCGCCACCACCACCACAACUACAUACGACGACAACGACAACAAAAUCACCAAAAGAUUUAAUUGAUCGAAAUAUAAUCGCAAGUGAAUUACAAAAUAAAAAUAUUCAAUUAACUACUGCUACUACCACUGCUAAUAAUCAAUUAAUUGGUCCAAAUGGUCAGAUUUUUAUUGGCAAACAUAAUCCAACACAGAGAUAUAUUGCAAUAAAAGUUUUUAGUAAACCUGAAUUGGAAAAAAUUUAUGCAUUAAUCAUUAAACGAAGUCUACCAUAUGAUCGAUUAGGCACCGAAGAUCGUUUAGUUCGUGUUUAUGAAAUGUUUUUAUCCGGCACAACACUUUUUAUUCUACACGAUUAUCAUCAUCAUGGAAAUUUAGCACAAUUUUUAUCAUCAUCAUCGUGGAAUAAUCGAAAACCAUUGGAUGAACAACAAGCACGUGCGUUAUUCCAAACGAUUCUUAAAGCAUUACAUCAUAUGCAUACGAAUAAAAUUGCACAUCGUAAUCUUAAAUUGGAAAAUAUUCUUCUCGAUGAUAAAUAUCAACCAGUUCUAACGGAUUAUACAUAUACGAUACUUGUGGAUAAUCUGAAUAAUUUUGAAACAAUAAUGGCAACAUCAUUACCAUAUUUGGCACCAGAAAUUAUUGCCCGCAUUCCAUAUGAUCCAAUCCGAGCAGAUAUAUGGAGUUUUGGUGUCUGUCUUUACAUCGUACUAACGAAUAGUCUACCAUUUAUACCGCAUGUAAAACCAGAUGAUAAACAAAAAGGUCUGCAAUUUAAAAGCCGUACUAAAUUAACAGAUGAAGCAAAAAAUUGUCUGACAAAAACAAUGGAAUAUGAUGUCAAUAAAAGAUUAUCGACAAAUUCAUUAUUGAAAAAUUCGUGGUUUAAUAAAUAA